UAUCGUGCAGUUGGGAACUGACCCUCUAUGGGGUCAGGAGGGCUGUGUGGGACAGGUUGUGAAAUAAAUAACAAUUAUCAUUUGUUUAGUUUUUGAGUGGUUUUAAUUCAGGCGAGAAUAUUCGGAAAAUUGUUUUGGUUACGUGCACAGUGCUAAAAACACAGCAGCAAUGGAGACAGCGCCAUCGAAAGUAAGUUGUGCAACAUCCCCGUGGGGCAAGUUGAGUCAACCAGCUGAGACAGUUUCUUUUGCGGAUAUUAUGUCUGAACAAUUAGCGAGGGAUUUACAGCUGAAAGAAGAGGAAACCAUCUAUAACGAUACAUCAUCACAACCUACAUCUGCAACGCCAGAACUGAUCGCAAAUUCUCCUGAUUGUGAUAGUGAUCGCGUGAUUGCGCAAAUGUUACAAGUGCAGUUCGAUGAAGAAUAUGACAAAAUGUUAAGAAGAACGGAAAAUAAGUUCAAUGGUACGUCAAAAGUGUCAGUGUCCUUUUCAAAUUAUAGAAUAAUACCCGAUAAUCUUGCCCAAGAUAGUGAUUCGGAUGAUUAUGACAUCGAUGAUAAACACAGGGUAUGGGACAGUUUUGUGAAAUCAGACAAAGCCUUUAAAGAAAUGCCUAAGUGCGGCUAUAAGAAGCAAGGCACGGAAAUGGUUACAAAGCACGACAUAGAAAUGUCAAGUCGCAGAAAUGCGUCCCGAGUAAUGGACUUCCCACCAGAAUUUCACACUGGUGACGGCGGAGGGUUUGAUAUGCAACUUUCAAACAAGGUAUUUAACAGUUUAAAAGUCUACUCACGUAAUGAACAGGCAAGACGGAAUAGACUCACCGAUAAGUGUGACCAGGCAACGGCAGAGUUGGGCGUGGACCCGAAAACGCGUUUACUUUUGUACAAGUUAGUGAAUCAGGAAAUUUUGGAAAGAGUGAAUGGGACUUUGAGCACGGGGAAAGAAGCUGUGGUUUUGCAUGCCGAUGGAGGAUCAAACACUGAGUGUGUGGCUCCGAAGGAGUGUGCCGUUAAAGUAUUUAAAACCACUUUGAGUGAGUUCAAAACUCGUGACAAGUACAUACAGGAUGACUUCCGUUUCAAAGAUCGCUUUUCAAAACAGAAUCCUCGGAAAAUUAUCCACUUGUGGGCAGAGAAAGAAAUGCAUAACUUAAUUCGCAUGCAGAAGGCAGGUAUUUUGUGUCCAGAAGUUGUAAUUUUGAAGAAGCACAUUUUAGUGAUGUCGUUCAUCGGAGAAAAUCAUAUGCCAGCACCGAAAUUGAAAGAAGCAAAUUUAAAGUGUGCCGAGUUGACUCUUGCAUACGAGGAUUGUUUGUCGACUAUGAAAAAGUUAUAUAAUGAUGCUCAUCUUGUACAUGCUGAUCUAUCAGAGUACAAUAUCCUGUGGCGCCAAGGGAAAUGUUGGUUUAUUGACGUCAGCCAGGCUGUGGAAAGAAAUCAUCCUCGGGCAUUAGAAUUUCUCUUCAGGGACUGUACCAAUAUAUCAAAUUUUUUUACCAAGAAGGGAUUGUCUGACGUCGCUUCCCCAGAAGAAAUAUUCAAGGAAGUUUGUGGAACAGCUGUCUCAGAAGAUGGACCAAUGUCAAUGGAUAAAGCUCAAGAUUUCGAGAGAAAUGAGGAGUUAUUAACUUUUGAUCAGGCGGAGAAAGUAUAUUCAUUUGAUUACUGUUGGGAAAAAUCAAAGCCUUAGGAAAUGUGAGGUAACUGGGCAGAAGUGCAAUAUUUAUGGAGCUGUUUUCUAAGAUGACUCUGGGAAUAUAUAUCAUUGGUCAAAACCGUAUCUAAAAAGCAGAAUUCCACAUUAUGCAUUUUGUAACUUUUCAGUUUGUGGAAAGUCUCAUGGAAGAACAUACACAAAUUAUGACCAUUUCUAUUUUUUCCUACAUUUAUAUUUCUGUUAAGAAUAUCAGGGAACUUUUAAUUUUUCUGUUAAUUACAUCCUACUCAAUUCUUUAUGCCAAACACAUUUGCUUGAUCAUUUCAAGUUCCUUAAAUGUUCUAUCUCACAGAAGACUUGGAAAAGGAUGUUGUGUGUACAAAUGUCUAAGAACUUGUAAAAUAAAUAAAAAGUAUUAUUUCUUUUU